CCCGUCCUCCCCAGAGAGGAAGUGGGCGGGGCGGGAUGGUGCCCAGUAAACACAGGGCUGAGUGUAGUGAGCCUGGCCACAGGAAGUGCUGUGUUAAUGGCGGCUGGCUCCAUAGCCUGAGAACAGGAGGACAGUGAGUGCUAUGGAGCCGACCAUGGAGCUGGACUACUACCUGGAGCUCAGUGAGCGGCCAGUGCUCUUCGAGAAAGCCACCCAUGUCAACAGUGUGUUCUUCGAUGAGGCCAAUAAGCAGGUGACUCUAACACAUUAUUACACUGGGCAUGGGCUGGGCAUGGGGCUCAACACAGUGCCCCCACCCUCUGUAUACACAGGGCACAGCAACACAGUGCCCCCACCCUCUGUAUACACAGGGCACAGCAACACAGUGCCCCCACCCUCUGUAUACACAGGGUACAGCAACACAGUGCCCCCACACUCUGUAUACACAGGGCACAGCAACACAGUGCCCUCACACUCUGUAUACACAGGGUACAGCAACACAGUGCCCCCACACUCUGUAUACACAGGGCACAGCAACACAGUGCCCUCACACUCUGUAUACACAGGGUACAGCAACACAGUGCCCCCACACUCUGUAUACACAGGGCACAGCAACACAGUGCCCCCACCCUCUGUAUACACAGGGCACAGCAACACAGUGCCCCCACCCUCUGUAUACACAGGGCACAUCAACACAGUGCCCCCACCCUCUGUAUACACAGGGCACAUCAACACAGUGCCCCCACCCUCUGUAUACACAGGGCACAGCAACACAGUGCCCCCACCCUCUGUAUACACAGGGCACAGCAACACAGUGCCCCCACCCUCUGUAUACACAGGGCACAGCAACACAAUGCCCUCACCCUCUGUAUACACAGGGAACAUCAACACAGUGCCCCCACCCUCUGUAUACACAGGGCACAGCAACACAGUGCCCUCACCCUCUGUAUAUACAGCAACACAAUGCCCUCACCCUCUGUAUACACAGGGAACAUCAACACAGUGCCCCCACCCUCUGUAUACACAGGGCACAGCAACACAGUGCCCUCACCCUCUGUAUACACAGCAACACAAUGCACUCACCCUCUGUAUACACAGGGAACAUCAACACAGUGCCCCCACCCUCUGUAUACACAGGGCACAGCAACACAGUGCCCUCACCCUCUGUAUAUACAGCAACACAAUGCCCUCACCCUCUGUAUACACAGGGCACAGCAACACAGUGCCCUCACCCUCUGUAUAUACAGCAACACAAUGCCCUCACCCUCUGUAUACACAGGGCACAGCAACACAGUGCCCCCACCCUCUGUAUACACAGCAACACAGUGCCCUCACCCUCUGUAUAUACAGCAACACAAUGCCCUCACCCUCUGUAUACACAGGGCACAGCAACACAGUGCCCCCACCCUCUGUAUAUACAGCAACACAGUGCCCCCACCCUCUGUAUACACAGGGCACAGCAACACAGUGCCCUCACCCUCUGUAUAUACAGCAACACAAUGCCCUCACCCUCUGUAUACACAGGGCACAGCAACACAGUGCCCUCACCCUCUGUAUACACAGCAACACAGUGCCCUCACCCUCUGUAUAUACAGCAACACAAUGCCCUCACCCUCUGUAUACACAGGGCACAGCAACACAGUGCCCCCACCCUCUGUAUAUACAGCAACACAGUACCCCCACCCUCUGUAUACACAGGGCACAGCAACACAGUGCCCCCACCCUCUGUAUACACAGGGCACAGCAACACAGUGCCCUCACCCUCUGUAUAUACAGCAACACAAUGCCCUCACCCUCUGUGUACACAGGGCACAUCAACACAGUGCCCCCACCCUCUGUAUACACAGGGCACAGCAACACAGUGCCCCCACCCUCUGUAUACACAGGGCACAGCAACACAGUGCCCCCACACUCUGUAUACACAGGGCACAGCAACACAGUGCCCCCACCCUCUGUAUACACAGGGCACAGCAACACAGUGCCCCCACCCUCUGUAUACACAGGGCACAGCAACACAGUGCCCCCACCCUCUGUAUACACAGGGCACAGCAACACAGUGCCCCCACCCUCUGUGUACACAGGGCACAGGGCCCCCACCCUCUGUGUACACAGGGCACAGGGCCCCCACCCUCUGUGUACACAGGGCACAGGGCCCCCACCCUCUGUGUAUACAGGGCACAGGGCCCCCACCCUCUGUGUACACAGGGCACAGGGCCCCCACCCUCUGUGUACACAGGGCACAGGGCCCCCACCCUCUGUGUACACAGGGCACAGGGCCCCCACCCUCUGUGUACACACGGCACAGGGCCCCCACCCUCUGUGUACACAGGGCACAGGGCCCCCACCCUCUGUGUACACGGGGCAUGGCCUGGGCAAUGAGCAGCACAAAAUACAGAGCGUGACUAGGACACAUGGCAACACAAUGCCCCUACCCUCUGUAUACACAGAACAUAGCUUGGGCAAUGAUCAACACAGAGCAUGACUCGGGCACAUGGCAGUACAAUGCACCACCCUUUGUAUAAACAGGACACAGAGCAGCAUAAUUCUCUCACUCUAUGUAUACAUAGGACAUGGUCUGGGCACAGAGCGGCAUAAUGCCUCCACGCUCUGUAUACACAGGGCAUGGCUAUAUCCAAACUUUGGUUCUUGCAGCACAUUCUCUAACCCUAACUGUAAGAGUAACCCUAACUACUUGCCUUCUUCACAGUAUUAAAUGUGGGUUCCCAAGGGGUCAGGGAACCUACUUGAAACACGAGAUCAAAUGUUUCACCAUGAUGAUGGACAGUGCCCGCAAAGUACCACCCUGCAGUCUUUAAACUUCAUACAUUGCAAAAGAGCAACAUGUUCACUAAUAACGUUACGUCCUUUGACCCCCCCGUUCAUUUAUUUAUUCAGCUGCAUAUGAAUUCUUUUAUUUUUAUAAAUUUUUCUUUAAAACUGCACAAUACAUACAGAUACAUAAACAAUAUGCAAGUAAUGUAGCAGCAUGUUUUCAGUUACAACAAACAAGGGCUAAACAAACCAAAAUGGUACAAAAAGUAAGAUAAUACAGCAAAGUAACAGUGGUAUAGUGAAGUAAUUCUAUGAUAAUCCAAAAUCUCUGCUCAAGAGAGCCAACCCUUCCAUACAGCCCUCUGUCCAUAGAUCCCUAAGGGCCCAUUUUAUAUUGAGGUAUGCUGCUUCCUGUCAAAAUCAUUUAGUUACAUGUUUCAAUAUGUGUUCAUGUAAAACCUUCUGUGUGAAUAGCUAUUUCAGAUCACUACUGAGAGCUGCUGGGAUAUACAUUGUGUCAAGCCAUACAUGUAGUUAACCUCUCCCUCUAUUACUGAUAUUUAUAUUUAAAUUCUUUAUUUAAGAGGUGGUGCAAACAGAUAUAUUGUAAUUUCAGCCCAAACACCACGUAGUAGCACCUAUAUUCUAAUAGAACAGAAAAUAAAAAAGCCAUAUAUAAUCAAAACAUAACAUAGGGAAAGGAUAUUGUGAAAUGUGUGUUUACAGGAACAUUGGAUAAAAAAAUGGCCCACGUACACUGCUGGCACCUUUUUAUAGGUGCAUCUUCCUCUGAAGCCUGAGCUUAAAAAUAAGGUUUCCACCGCGAGACUGGUAACACACUUUCUUUGCUACCCCCACACACUACUGACCCUCAAGUUCCACCCACUAUGUGGAACUCAUACCUUCUUAAAUGCCCUCAUUGUGUUUCCAUGUAUUAUAGCCCUGAACUUGUCCAUAAGAGAAUUCUCUUGCACUUUUGCUUUAACUUCUCAUAUUCAUAUCAUAUUGGGGGCUUCUUCAAUCACCCUGCUGCCAAAGGUUAAGGUUAAACUAUUGAAAAUUUUCUGGGAGCAUGCUGGCAGCUUCUCCACUGAUCUAGACAAGAGGAACUCCCACAGGUCCAGGUUGAAUGGCUGUUUAGAGACUCUGGUCAGGGGCACUUGCACUCUCUUCCAAAAGGGUACUGUUGGAUUACACUACCACCACAAAUGAGUAUAUGCACCCUUAUAUCCACACUGUUGCCAAUACAGAUCUGUGGUGAUUUUCACCAUUCUACACCGCCUUACAUGAGUAGUAUACCACCUAAUGACUUAUUUGUCUGGUUGGUUCCUUGUUUAACAUAAGCUAGUUCUCCCCACACUUUAUACCCAUAGCAAAUAUUAUUAUACAGUAGUGAUAUUAGUCCCUUCUGACCCUUUUCCUACUCGCAUAGAUGUUCAAAGAAAGUAGGACUCUGUUUCAUGGCUUCAUAGACACUGUGCCUCUGGGCAUAAUCCUUUACCUAAAGAAGUCUUUAGAUGGUAGUGUUACUUUGGGAGUAUGUUAAUCGAAAGUGACGAAGAAAGAGUUACAGUAGAGAUGCUUAUACCUCUGUAGUCCCACUCUCUCUAAUCCAGCAAAAUCUCUGGCCUCCAAGCCUUGAGGGCAUUCUCAAUACUAAGUCAUCUAGUCUGACCAGACAAAUCACUCUAACUCAUGGUAUGAAAGCAGAACAAGCUAAGCAUACCAUUCAUUUUGUUGGCUUUUACUCUAGAUUCAAAAUGUGUUAACGGUUCUAUCAGCGGCAUAAGGGAACUCGUCUGGUCUGUGAGAGUGAUCAGUAUAUCAUCUGCAUAAGUCAAGACCAUAUAAUAGGAGGUAGCCACUGGAAUUCCCAUAAUAGUGGGGUGUCUUCUUCUUAGAUGGAGUAGGGGCUCAAGCAAACAGGGCAAACUUUAAAAAUACAUGUUUCUAAUGUUGGAUUGCUCCUUUUUAAAGAAUGUUUUGCAAAAUGCAGGCUAAAAUAGUGGAGCUGGGGAAGAAAGUGUCUUAUAGCCAAGCUGGAGUGGACUAAAUCUGCGGAAUCUUGAGUGACCACGAGUUGCUGUUUAAAAAAUUUAAACCUAAAGUGGUAUAUAACAGCAACAUUGUCUGAGUACACACACCGCUUUAUGUAAUAUCCUGCCAUGUGAAUUAAAUUAAAAAUGAAUACCAUAAUCUGCAUGGGAAUAAAUCAUGCAGCCUGGGUUGAAACGGACAAUUGCUAUUACUCUGCAUGUUUUCAAUGGCGUGAACUGUAUUAAAACAGAAAAGUAUCAGUUUCAUGUCCUUCAUCAAAAAUAUUUUUUUAACAGUAGAUACAUCUUCUACAUCAAAAAUAUAAUUUUAGGCUCCCUAAACAUGCUGCAAUUUUAUCAAGUGACCCCAGUUCAUGACUGCCAUAGAGUUUUCAGUUGUGUACAAAUUUCAGAUUUUAUGUAUGGUGAUAAUGCACUAUUCACACAAUAAAAUAGUAUUUUUUUGUACUGCUGUUGACCACUUCACUGGGUACCUGUGAUGCACUUAUUAGUGUGUGUGUUUUUUACUUUAUAAUUAUUUACUAGUGUGUGUGUGUGUGUUCACAGGUAUUUGCAGUGCGGUCUGGUGGAGCCACUGGAGUUGUUGUUAAAGGUCCAGAAGAUAGAAGUCCAAUCUCUUUUCGGUAAUAUUACUUAUUACUCGUGGAAGUAUGUUGAAUACAGCUUGAGAUGUAAAGCCAAUAUCUUCCAUACACCCAAAUUAUUUUUACAAUUUUUUUUUUUUUUUUUAAGUACUCCAUUGUUAACGUGUGCUCUUGUUUGUUGUAUUUCUCUUAUAAGGAUGGAAGACAAAGGCGAAGUAAAAUGUAUUAAGUUUUCUUUGGAAAAUAGAAUUCUGGCUGUACAGAGAACAGUUAAAAGAGUGGUGAGUACUCUUUUUCAUGCAAUUAAUCAGGCUUUUCCUGUGCAUAUGACUGCAAUGUGUCAGAAGGUUUCCUACCAUUUCAUAUGUUUCAGAUAAACACAAUUGAAAUAUUUUAGAAUAUAACUGUCGAUUCUUUGAAAAUAACAGUUCAUCACUUGCUUUCCCCAGUAAAUAUCACCAAAAACCUUUUUCUAGUGUAAGGAGUGCAGCAUCAAUAUGUAUAAAACACUGUGUCCAAGGCAAAGUCAUCUGGGCGCACACUGACAUUUCUGGGUUGUUUUAUUAAUUUAAGUAGUAUGCUUUGGAUGUGCCAAAACUGCCAAGCAACUGCAAACAAUAAAAAUCUGUUAAAAAAAAACCAGCACAUCCCUUUUAACAGUUUGUUGGCUGUCAAGAUGUAGUAAAACCCCACAUGUGAAGCUCUCAGCCAAUGAAUGACUGGCGUGAUUGACAUCUGUCUGCUCCAAGUGUGCUGCAUGUUAAAGACCAUAUUGGACCCUUGGUGUCUAUUAACAAAUUGAGAGGUCUUAACAUAUCUCAAUGGUGGGUAAUCAUACUGCAGGACAAAUCGAUAAAUCUUACAGGAUGUGUUUUUUUUUUUUUGCUGAGAUGGAUUUGUGACACACGUGUAUAUUUUAUGGAUUCUUGAUGUGUAGUAAUUUUGUGCUUCUUCCUAACAUCAUUUGUUUGUUUUGCCAAUAUUUAACCCCAUUACUACUGAAUCUUUUCUAAGCCCAACGGUAUUCAUGCUUUGAAAUUAUGUUUAACCACUUGCAUGCAAAACAAUCAGAUGCCCAGAUUGCAGUAUUGAAACACUCAGAAUACACCAUGGCAAAUGUCUUUGAGUGCACUUUAUGUAACUUAUGGGGGAAGAUAUCGUUCUGUAAUUCACAUAAAGUACACUCACCGACCUUAGUUUUAUGGUUUGUAUCAUUCUCAUUUAAAUAAAAAUAAAUUUUAUAUAUAUUAUACUUAAUCCACUUUAAAUAUUUAAAAUGAUGCUAAACAUUUUGACUUCCCCCACUUUGUGGCCUUCUCCUUUCAUGCACAGACAAUAUUAACUAUUUAUAAGAACAAAUGCUAAAACGAACAGGACAUGUAUCCAUUUUUAUUCUUUUCUUUCCUUUUGUCUUUCAUAUUUCUUUUCACGCUCGUUUUUUUUUUUUUCUUUUCUCAUUCUGUCUUUGAUCCUGUCGACUAUAAAGUUCUACGUUUUAUAAUUGACAAAGGGAUUUGCUCUGAUACAGGUUGAUUGCAUUGUUACAGUUGGUACUCCCAAUUCCUUAAUAUAUCUUUAUUUGUAAGAAAAUAUCAUGUGAUUAUUUCAGAAUGUUAACAGUGUAUUUCCACUGCCUUAUGUAGAUAUUACAUUUUAGAAAAAAAGUCUACUAAAAGUAGAAAGGGGAAAAAAAAAAUAGGCAACUUUUUUUUUUUUUUUACUCUGAUCUUGCUCACCAAGAGCAAAUAUGUGUGCGAUUAGAUGUUAGUCCAUCUGCACUCUCCCAAACAAGCAGAACUCUAUUGCACUCUCUAAGAACUGCAGCUUAUUUAUUUAGUCUUGUAUAUUUCGUGCCUUCAUUUUUCUGUUUUGUAUUUCCUAGGACUUCAUCAACUUAAUUCAAGAUUAUUCACAGUUAGAAUAUUCACAGGAAUGCAAGGUAGGCUUGUUGUGUAAUAUGAUUUAAAGCAAAAGGGGUCACAAUGCACAAUCCAGAUAUUUCUGCCUGCUAGCAAAUGAAUAAAAUAAAUUUUAUUUUCCUCUGGUUCCUCCCCCAACUUCAGACAUUGCGUGUAGUAGGAAAAAUUAUUGGUAUGCAUUUUUUUGUGUGUACAUAAACAACAUACCUAUGAUAUGCUUCCAGCAGAUUACACGUGUAGUACGCCCAUAUUAUCUUUCCUCUGAGAUAAAGGAUUGAAAUACUGUGCAUGUAUUGUAUGAUACAAGUAUGCAUGGGCAGUGCUUUUCACACUGGCACAUUUUUUUACGCCAAUUGUAUGAACUACAUCCAAGCCAUGGGCUUUUAUAUUUCACCUUUCCAAGUCUCUUGAUUGGAUCAAAGCCAGAACCAUGCUGACUAACCCUAAGGGCAAAACUGUGUUAUUUAUGACUUUGCAUGGGUCCCUUAUAUGUGUGUGUAUGUAUGUAUGUAUGUGUGUGUAUAUAUAUAUAUAUAUAUAUUAUACACACACACACACACACACACACACACACACACACACACACACACACUGUGUAGAUUGUUAGAAUUUCUGCCUGGUUAUGCCAACCCAUAUUUAUUACUGUUUUAAUGCACUCCCCACAGGCUGUAUGUACUCCUUGUUAUAACUUAUUUUGUGUUGAUAGCUAACAUGUUGUAACAGAAACCUACUGUGUGUAUAUAACACAACUAAAUCCACUCUUGCUAGCUUGUAUUUAUUUAUAUUUUCACAGACCAAAAAUGCACAGAUAAUGGGAUUUUGCUGGACGAGUUCUACUGAAAUAGUCUUUAUAACAGAUCAAGGAAUUGAAUUUUAUCAGGUAGAAGACCUACUAAUAUUGUUUACAUUGUAUGUUUUUUAAUAGAGAGACAAAUCUGUAAAUGUCCCAGUAAGGUCAGCUCACUCUUUUAACUAUCUUAGGUUUUUCUUUUAAACUCCACUGCCCAAAUACAAAAAACAAAUAUCACCUUUUUUUUUUUAAAUAGAUAUACCCCAAAUCAAAACUUGCAAAACCCUAAUUUCUCUUGUUUGUAGACUUUACAAGCCCUCCUCUUCUGACACCUCCCAAGCUUGUGGCUGUCCAAUCACAGACUUCCCAAUGCAGCUCAUUGAGCAUUAUUUCCAAGUCAGGUGCUCUGAGCAAUUGCUGACUUUUGAGUUGGCUUCACUGAGCUAACCAAAGUAGGAAGUAACUUGACCAGUUGUCUGCUUGAAGGUCAAGGGGAUAUAACCAGGUUAAUUCAUAAAAGUAUCAAUUUCUAUUAAAAUCUGCACUUUUUUGCAAGAUUUGAACAAAUUGACAUAUUCUUCACACACAGUUUUUCAGCAAUCUAAAGUGAUUUAGGGGUGUGGAGUGUCCCUUUAAAUUACUAUUUUAUAAACUCUGUGAGUUCUGUGCAAAAAAAUUUCUGUCAUCUGCGUGCACUGUUUAUUAUUGUGCCCAAUUGGGUGUGAUAAAGCUAAAGUAGGAUUAUGGAGAAAAGUUAUAAUAACCCUUUUAAUGAGUUUUAACAUGAAAAGUGCAAACCACCUGCCCAUAUGGAUAAUCUAAUAUUAUCUGUUCCAUAUAGUGAUGUGGUUACUAAGAAUUCAUUUGAAAUAUAGAACUCUGUAAUGUUAUGGUCACCCAAUGAUUCCAACUAGGCUUUCCAGACUGAGUUUAAUAAUGCUUUGCUCUUUCCCAGGUACUGCCUGAGAAGCGGACAUUAAAGCUCUUGAAGAGCCAGAGUAUCACCGUUAAUUGGUACAUGUAUUGUCCAGAGAGCAGUGUUAUCCUGCUGUCCACUGCCAACCACUGCAAUGUGCUUCAGCCUUUCUACUUCAGGGUGAGACUAAAUCCUAACAGCUUUCAUUAGAAGAGACUGCAUUAGUAGUGCAUAGAAAGUCUUCUUCGUGUUUUCAUUUAUUUUUCCUUUUAAAUUGUGUCCCCCCCUUUUUUUAUAAUUUUUUUUUUUUUUAAUCAGCUGAGACGUAAACUAUACAACUAUAAUGGUUCAUGCUCAUGUGGCUCAAACCAUUUUAUAUUGGCUAUUCAUUGUAAAAACCGGGAAGCAUAUCAAGAAAUGUAACUGUGACUAGGUAGAGAAAUUAUAACUGAAAGAGCUUGUCUGGUUUCUAUUGUGACGCCUAAGGAUCUCCACUUUGAAUGAUGCUGGAAGAGUCUUCAGUUUAUCAUGCUGCUGGGGGUAGAAUUUUUCUAUUUUAUUUUUUAAAGCUCCAACUUGCUUACCUCUUGUACACCAUGAUUAAAAUGAUUGUUUAAAUGGGUGCUCUAAACUACUAGCUCUCCUUCAUUUCUGUUGUACUGCAGGGCCACAAUUGUGCACUUGAGAAUAAUAGAUGUGAUUUUAGGUUUUUUUUCAUAACAGAAUGGAACAAUGUCAAAGAUGACGAAAUUUGAAAUUGAAUUGCCAGUUUCAACAGGGAAGACCAUUAAGAUUUCUGAAAGAGACAUAGCAAUGUCAACAAUGUAAGUGUUAUGAGUAAAGCGCAAAGAAUAAUAGGGGUCAAGGAGUUGAAGACCCAAAUGAGAAAAAUCUGUGCAUGGAACCUGAAUUUACUUACUUGACACAUAUAUAUAUAUAUACACAUACACACACACCUUGACACAUAGUGUGCAUCUGUGUGUCAAGGUGUGUGUAUCUGUGUGUCAAGGUGUGUGUAUCUGUGCCAGUUUGUGUUUGUGUGUAUGUAUAUGUAUCAUAUGCACAUGCACAGUGGACCACAGACACACACACCUUACCACACAGAUACACCCACUCAGAUACCCACAUCCUGACUCACAAAUACACACACUCAGAUACACAGUGACAUACACCCACUUGCACCCGCACAUACACCCACUCAGAUACACACAGUGACAUACACACACUUGCACCCGCACAUACACACACUCAGAUACACACAGUGCCAUAUACACUCACUCGUACACACAUACACACACAGUGUCAUAUACACUCACUCAUACACACCUACACACACACACACAGUGUCAUAUACACUCACUCAUACACACACACACACACACACACACACACAUAGAUACAUACACAAACCUUGACACACUGAUACACUCAGACACAUACUUUUUUACACUCUCACUGACAAACACACAUACACUCUCACUGACAAGCACACAUAUACAAUUUGACAGACAUCCAUACAAUUUAAUAUUUAAAAAAAAAAAAAAUUACUCCACCCAGCCCCCCCACCUUUAGGAGUGCUGGCAUUUAGUCUCUGGGCUGAGCGUGCAGGAUCAGGGGGUCAAGUGGGGCGGCUGGGCUGAGCAUGAGUGAUCUCCCUGCUCAGCUCCUUUGUGCGCCUUUUAGUGAUGCCGGAGCUAGAGUGACGUCAUAUUUUGCCUCCAACAUCAGUGCUGUGCGCGCAAGGGACCCUAGGGUUCCACAGAACACCAAUUGGGAAAUGCUGGUCUAAACUAUUGUUAAUUUACACUGAAAUUAAUUUAGCUCUAUUUGUCUAUUUUUAUUUUUUUCUCCCAUAGUAACUGAAAGAAAAGUUGUUGGUUUUUUUUUAUAUAUUUUUUUUUUCUCAAUUCAUAGAUAUGGUCAGCUUUAUGUUCUUUUUCUGAGACAUCAUGCAAAGUCCUCAAGCAGUGCAGGAGCAGAGGUUGUGAUGUACCAUUUAUCUCGGUAAGCAAUCACUUUUUUUUUUUUUUCUAAAAGGGAGACAUAACAAUGGAGCAAGGAGGACAGAUGAGGGUAAGGAAAUUGUUUGUUACUAUGUGGGUCCAGUAAAAAGCCUUUUAAGGUAGCUGGAUUUAACUUGGUGACCCAACAGCAUAGAUGAUUGGUCCACUAAUAGGAUAUAGAGAAGAUUGAGGGUUUGCAUGGAGGAGAAGGUGUAGUAGUUGAAGUGCAGGAGAUGGGUAAAAUGUGCUAAGAAGAUAAACAUUCUAAACUGAUCUUUUUUCAAAGCACAGAGUGAAGUAGUGGGAGUUAUGUAUGUGACAAUACUAUUAAAAAAGAAUCAUUAGACCUGUCCAUGUAAGAAUCUGUUUAGCAUGUAAGCAGAAUAAGGGAAGUGGAGAUUUCUCAGUAAAAUGGUUGACGUGAGAUGAGGCAUGUUGGAAUGUGGGUUCAGAUAAAGCCAACUAUUUUGAUUGUCAUUAAACUCAGUGUCUGUGCUCUGCAAGUGCAUGAACCUUCACUGGCACAGUCAUUGCAAGAUGAUGCGCGUGAUGUUAAACAGAAAAAUUUACAUUUUUAAAAGAUUUUAUUCACAAUUAUAUUUGUUUUUGUAGCUGCCACAGAAGUAGCUGUUUUCCAUUAGCUAAAGUGUGGUUUGUUUGUUUGUUUUAUACCAUUCUUACCUGAGCACCAAUUUGGGAAAAACUAAAAUCUGGUUAAUACCGCUUACAUUUUAACCUGCACUUUUAAUUGCAUUUUUAUUUCUUUUUCAUCUUUGCCUCUUGCUUACCAGGGAGGGUUCCCCAAAGAAAAUGCACAUCUUGAAACUGAAUCGGACUGGAAAAUUUGCUCUGAAUGUUGUGGAUAAUUUGGUCGUCGUCCAUCACCAAGAUACAGAGGUGGGAUGCGCCAUUAAAAAGCUGCAUUAUUUAAGGAUUCCUAACAAGCAUGCAGGAGAAAUAAACCUUUUGUUUUUCAGCAGUAAGUUUUUCUUCUCCUUCCUUAACUUUUUAUGUUUGUACAUUUCAGACAUCUGUUAUCUUUGACAUCCGGUUACGGGGUGACAGUGACGGCACCAUUACAUUGCACCAACCUGUGCUUCCUCCUCGCUCUAUACACCCGUACCAGAUUCCAGUGGCAGGUAUGUGUUUGUCAUAUCAGAAGGCAACAUCCCUCUCUACAGUUACUGUACAGUAGAAUGCAAAUUAUCAAUUCAAAAGUUUUAAAAGAAAGCAUGAUUGUUUAGUACUGUUUUCUGGGAAGCUCUGAAGGGCCCAAAAUAUUGUGUGGUGUAUUUUAAUUUUUUAAUUUUUUUUUUACAAACCACUCAGACAGUUUGACAUAUAGUGCAUUGCAUGUCUUUAAGUUCUUCUGGUAAUGCUAAGCCACUGUACUCUACAGAUCUACUGCAACACUGUAGGUAUUAAUUUGUUUCUGUCAGUUUGUCUGAAUCCAAUUCCUUUUAAUUCACACCCGAACAAAUUGAUUCACCCUGGGGUUUACCUGUGGAGUCUUACUCCAUAACGAAGACUCCACAGGUAAAUCCCAGAUCCAUCCAUUUGUUUGGAUGUUUGGGUUGAAAGGAAUACUAAGAAGGAUGAUUAUGUAUAAAAAUGUUACAAAACAAACAUUCUUGUAAUGUAUGAAGAACCAAACCAGGUAAAUGUGUACCUUGCCCAGUUAAGCUAUUAUUCCUGGACCUGAUCAGGACUCCUCUUUAUGCUGAAGUGUCAGUAUGAAAACCACAUUCGGAUAAUAAAGAUAAUUUUGACACAUUAAUUUCCCUGUCAAAGGUUGAGUCUCCAGAAAAUGCUAUGAACAGCAAUAAGGAAUUGUGCACCUUGUUUGGAGUUCUGAGUAGUGUUGUGCUUUAUUCUCCUAAGAAGCACAAUUUGGAAAUAAUAUUGUAAUGUAUUCAAUCCUGCAGGUCCUUCAGCUGUGGCCGGACAAGUUCCUGUUCCCUGCAAACUCUGUAUCCUUUUGUCUGGAUAUGCAUACAAUAAAAUGUAGAAAACAAUUGUUAGAUUGAGGCAGAAAUUAAGCGAUAAUUUAAUAUAUAAAAAUUGUCUUAAAGGCAGAUUUGAUCCUUGUAUGCGUUCUAUUUUACAUUUUAAUUUUGGCUGUGAUAUAAUCAAAAAUAAGAAACAUUUGCACAAACUUACAGGUUCCUUGUGUGAAACCGGUUUGCUUGAUUUCUGACCGUCUGCUAGUAAAUACUGGGUAUUGUGACCAAACGUCAGUUGAAUUUCUAUUUAUUUUUUGUAAACAAGUUCUUUUUCUUCCAUAACAACCAAGUAGAAAUUUUUGUUUUUGUUUUGUUUCCUCCGUGAUAGAAUGCUGUAAAAUAAAUGUUGUGGUUUACGGGUUUGUCAGACCCUGCUCUCAUCUUGACAUUAAUGGCUCAACAAACAAAAUAUUCAGUGUUCAAUGCUUUUUGAAAGUAUUCACUCAAUGUGUUAUCCUCUCUCUAACAAUGUUCUAACACACUGGCUAGCACUCUAGUUACCAGUAGAGUUCAUAUCUAGGCUAAUACCUAUUGUCUGCAUUGCACCAGACUAUGGGAUUCCUACAGUGUUUUCCUUAACUACCAGAUUCCUCCUCUUGGAUUGUCUUUCAACCGGACAUUAUAAUUAGCGCCAGUGAAGGUAAUUGCAUUAUGGCUGUUUCCCUGUGAAAGUAUUUCAAUUUAUUAUUCUGUGUGUGUAUUAUUUUCUUUCCUUCUUCUAUUGACAUUAUAUUGGCAAAUUAUGCAGUCCUACCAGUGGUUUAGUAUAGUAAUGCCUUGUGCCAUGUCCACAGGAUAUCUCUGGUAUCUGCGCGUCAAACUUCAACCGAUAGUCCAUCUGCUUGCUGACAAAGGACGAUUGAUGGAUUUCCUACUGCAGCGCAAAGACUGUAAAUCUGUCAUAUUAUCAGUGUGUUCUCAAAGUAAGUUAGCUCUUUGCUUGCAUUCAUUCUUCUUUGAAUGUAUUUAAUGGAUGAUAGUGUUUGAUUCAUGGGCUGAGCAUAUUUUUGGUACAUUAUACCGACAAUGUGACAUGUUUCCUGUUUCUUAGUGCUAACAGAAGCAGAUAGGGCGCCGCUGCCUGAAAUCUCUACAGUGUUUGAUAAACUCAACAGUGAAUAUAAAAAGUAUUUAGAUGCUGACAACAGUUACACAAUGGUAAGUUGAAUAAUAGUGUCGUAAUUAGGAUUCAGUGUAUGAAUGCGCAGGUCAUAUUAUUUUCGAUAUGCAGAUUUGUUUAUCCGCAGCUUUAUUGGUAUUGUAACAAAUUACGUUGGUGAACUUGCAGCUGAACCCCUUUAACUCCCCACCCCCUUCUCCUUUCUCUUACUACCAUUAUCUUUUUAUAGGUGGCUUCCUAUUAACGUCUCUUCUACCUCUUCUCCCCCCAUCAUGAAAUCUUUUAGGUUUUUUCACAUUUCAGUGUUGUUAUGACACUGUAGUGUGUCUUUAUUCUUUCUUUAAAUAGUGGAUCUUAUGUUUUUGUCUGCUUGCCUUAUUUACUGUUAACUAAGAUGACUUACUAAUAUUUUAAGAUUUAAAAACUAAUUCGGAAAGCCUUGAACAGCUUCAAUUGUUUAAACCAACUAAGACCAAAAAAUAUACUCUUUAGCUAUUGUAGAUGACACUCACAUUUAAUCUUUGCCAGCUUUCAGACUGGCAAAGCAUUAUGGGAGUUGCUCAGGAGUAGCCUGGGAUCUACAUUUUGGGCUUUACCUUUUCAGUGUCUUUCAUUGAUUCAAGCCACAUCAUCCUUUCUUGGUGUUCAGCAAGUUCUUGGGAGGGGAACUGUUAGCACUUUUGGGAAGUGUUAGUGUGAAGAUUCCAUUCAUCAAAAGGGAAGAUGAAUAAUUCAUUUGCAGUAUUUUUAAAGGUUAUGAAAAGUACAGGAGAGCUGUGAAUAAUUGCUUUUGACUAUAUUAGUCCUUUGAAAGCACUUUAACUACGUUUACCUAAAAUGAGAAAUAGGUCACGUGACAAUGAAGCUGCUUUAAAACCUGGCUUAGUUUUGUUUAUGAUGUAAGGCUCAUCAAAUCGCUUUUUCUGUGAUUCAGGCUGUUGAAUCGAGCCAGGGAAGAAGCAACGCUCUCCUAAAAAGGCCAGUGCGUGGCCAAGCUGUCAUAGACCAGUCUGAUAUGUACACCCAUGUCUUAUCAGUCUUUACAGACUUGAAGGUAUGUAGACUAAUUUGUAUCAAUUUAAAAAAAAAAAAUAAAUCUUUAUACAAACAAAAUGGGGGAAAAAUUUGUAUAAUUCCGUGUCUUACUGGAAACACAAUUCUUAAUUAAUUGUUUUAUUUAUUUUGUGUAAUGCAUAUUUAUAUCACCUGAAAAUAGGUCUUACUACUUAUAUUUGGCACAUAUCCAGAUCUAAAAUUCUAUGUAUUCGAUAAGGGGUUCCCAGUCCUAAAGUAUCCCCCACCAGUCCAGGAUUUAGAGAUUACUCUGUUGUGUCUAAAGUGUGUGUUUUUUAUUUUUAAAUUUUUCUCCUUCUUCUGAAAACACCUUGGACAUAACUGGGUAAGCCCUGAAUCCUGGACUGGUAGUGGGCACUUGACGACUGGGUUGGGAACCACUGUAUUAGAUGAUCAGAAUUCCAAACGUAAUCUAAUUUCUGAAAAUGCAGUGACAUGGGUGUGACAAAACCUAAAACAAAUUCCAGUAAAUAAAAUGUGCUUCCAAAACCUAUACUUCAUUAAAAGGAGUAAAAUCUCCUAGAUCUGCUGGCCCCGGUUACUUACUCAGCUGUUCCUGUUAGCCUAUUCCCCCAGAGGAAACUGCAGGGAGAACUUGCUCUGCAAUAAAUCAUGCUAUCAUGUUGCCAGGCUUAUUCCCUUUUGUGGGAUUUAUUUUUCUGAAUCUGCAGCUAUUUUAAAAUUAUUCUGAGGGCAGUUGUCGACACACACAUUUAAAUGAUUAAUCACUUAGGUUUAAUCUUAUUUGUUCACUUUCAAUAAAACCUAUUUUAUAAAAAUCUUGCUGGUACCUUCUAAAGCUUCAUUUUACAGUCCUGUUAACAUGCAUACAUUUGAUUAUGAAAUCCUUCUGGCAUCAGGGGGCACGGCUAGGGAGGCAGGCUUAUGGUGCAGCAUUCUGAAAAACAUUUACUUGUAUUAGUACCACUUAUACCAGGCAUAGGCAACCUUCAGCACUCCAGAUGUUUUGGACUACACCUUCCAUGAUGCUUUGCCAGCAUUAUGGGUGUAAGAGCAUUAUUGGGGAUGUAGUCCACAACAUCUGGAAUGCCGAAAGUUGCCUAUACCUGACUUACACCAAAGGAGAACAGUGAGGCCAGACUUCUCUCAGAAAACAUUGCUUAAAUCACCAGAGUUUGAAGUUUCAUAAAUAACAUUCUCCAUUCCCGACAGACCUGAAUGUGGGCUCCUGUUCCUCCGUCCUGAGUUUGUCCCCUUGUGUCACUCAACUGGGAAUGGUUGCUAAAUGUUUCCAAUCAGUGUGAGAGCCUCACUUGCUGUGUUACCUCAGGGUAUUAUUCCCAUGCUCAGAAUACUUGUUCUCACUUUAUAUGGACACUGCAUUCCUGUGACCUAUUCUGGAGAAGCAGCAGCUUGGUGAAAUUUAGAAAUGCAUAACCUUAUUUUCAUUUUUCUUGAAAUGCAAAUAAAAGGAGGUAAACUGCAGAUUGCAAUGUCCCUUUACUCCUUUAUUUUUUCUUAUUAUUUUUAUUGGAUUUUGGGGAUUAGAUAAUACAAAAUGUUGGGUUUUUUUAGACACAAAAAUCUACAGUACUUCAAAUGAUUUCAAAAACCUUUAUGUAGGGAUCGACCGAUUAUCGGUCUGGCCGAUAUUAUCGGCCGAUAUUUGGUAUUUUCGGCAAUAUCAGUAUCGGCCAAUUCAGAUACCGAUAUUGCCGAUAAUAUAUAACAGGACCGCCGAGCCCAUUACAAGCCCGGCGGUCCUGUGGGGGCCAGCAGCAAGCGCUGACUUACCUUGCAAGCAGCUCCAGCAGCUCCCUGUCUAAAUCUCGCGAGACCCGCGGCCGCAGAGCAUUGCCACGGGUUACCAUGGCAACGCUCCGCGCGGCACUAAGAGCCGUGAGAUUUACACAGGGAGCUGCUGGAGCUGCUUGCAAGGUAAGUCAGUGCUUGCUGCUGCUGAGCCACCACUGUACUUAACAAGCCACUGGACCACCAGGGAAUACUAUAUCCCCCUCCCUGGUAAGAAGCAGGGAGGGGGGACUAAACAAAAAAAAAAAACCAUUUAAAUAUUAAAAAAAAUAUUAAAAUAAAAAAUUACACAAAUUACAUCACUACACAAACACACACACACACACUGCACACAUACUGCAUUACAUACACACUACACAGACACACUGCAUUACAUACACACACUACACAGACACACAGACACACACACUACACAGACACACACACCACACAAACACACACUGCACACAUACUGCAUUACAUACACACACACUGCAUUACAUACACACUACACAAACACACACACUACACAAACACACACAAAAACACUGCAUUAUACACACACUACAUUCAUUAUACACACACUACACAAACACACACUCUGCAUCCACUACACACACACUACACAAACACACACAGUUCCCCUGUCUAAACACACUUCAUCCACUACAUGUGGCAUGUACAUUUUGUGCAUUUACCUUUCGAAUUAGUUUAUUUAUUCAAAAUAGUAAAUGUACAGAAUAUCGGCAAGAUAUCGGCUAUCGGCCUGAAAGUUUGCAGAUUAUCGGUAUCGGUAUCGGCUCUAAAAAAUCAAUAUCGGUCGAUCCCUACCUUUAUGCUAUGUGCUGUCCUUCACACACCAAUAUCAGUGUACUUGUCAUACUAUUAGAUAUGACAAGUGGCUUGUCAUACUAUUGGAUAUGACAAGCUUGGAGUAGAGCUGAACAAAACACCCUAUAACUGAUCCUGGCCAUGGUAUUGUCACACUAGCAUUUUCAUAUUCUCUUAUUACUAGUACCAGCUGGUGAUUUAUCAACAGCACCCACAAAAGAGGUGGGAUUUCUGGGCUGUGGGUUUCAUUUCCCACUGUCUUCCUCACAGCAGCUGGAGACAGGAUCUUCUCUAAGAUUGCAGUUUUUUUUGUUGGUCUUGAACAGUAGCUUUUAAACUGACUGUAGCAGCCCCAUACACUGAUAACAUACUUCAUACCUGUAACAUGGACAAAUUGUCCACAUGAAUUGGUGAUUGCCAUCCGAAACAAGACGCAAAGAAGCCUUUUCAUACUUGCACUUCUGAGUUCACAAACCAGUGAAACCUCUAUUUUUCAACCAUAAAUGAAAUCCUGAAUAUCUCCCACCUCCGAGAAUCUGGUCACCUCCUAAAUCGUGUUAAGGAAUGUAUGGUCUUGAAUCUUGCAUGAAGACUGCACUCAGAAAAUGUAUAAAAUGAUAAACACCUUUGGUGCAUCGAUGAACCAGAGAUGGCUUGCCUCUUCUAUAUCAGUAAAGUAGAAAGGAGUGUGUCUGUAUUGAAGGAGCUGUUUAGUUAAGGAAUGUCUUCAUAAUGUUGAGUGUUGCACUGGCACUUUGUUUAGACAAUGCUCCUGUUACACAUACAAUAGAUUGUUGCAAUAAUUUUGCUAUUGUACUUGAUGCUUUUAUGAAUUGUUAAUGCAUGUCAUAUAAUAACUUAUCUUAACGUCCAGGAGGCACCACACAAGUUCAUCAUAUCUGUUCUGAUGGAGUAUAUCCGUUCCUUGAACCAGUUCCAGAUACCAGUGCAGGUAAUGGCCAUAUAUUUUUUUCCUCUGUGUAGCAGUCUACAUUUUAUAGCUAAAGAUUCCAUAACCUCUUUUCUUUAAACUAUGGCAACAAUUAAAAGGGACACACCCGGCUGAUGCUGACCCAUUCAUAUAAAGUGCAAUACGUACAAAGAUUUAUCCAUUUUAAUCAACAUGUUUCUAGCUCUUAUAAGAUUACCUCAAAGUGGGUAAAACAGAUUUACAAAACUGUUGCAUUGUUAUGCCUGUGGUUUACGAUGUCACCCUUUGUACAGUACUAAGGAAUCUGAUGGCGCUGUAUAAAAUAAUAGUUAAGGAACAGGCUACAUAAAAGCAAUAUGUGGGAGGUCACUGGCUCCAUUUCUAACUAGAGUUUCUCUGCUAAAAUGCUGUAGUUGGUAACUGAGCGUUUGAAAGCAGUAAUUGCUUGUUGACUUCUGACAUCAAGCCUGGUUGGUAUUAAAAGCAGUCGGCGUCAGCCCAGCAUACCUUUGCAGAAUUUAUUUUCUAUUUGAGCUUGCAUAUUAAAUACUUACUCCAUUUGUUACUAAGUAGCCCCCACUCAUGCUGCUUGGCACAAGGGUCCCUUAUUGUUAAACUGAGUGACUACAAUAUUAUGUAUCUUCCCUUUUUAGCAUUACCUCUAUGAACUGGUCAUCAAAACACUAGUGCAGCAUAAUCUGUUUUAUAUGCUUCAUCAGUUCCUGCAAUACCAUGUGCUCAGCGACUCCAAGCCUCUGGUAUGUAUACAGACCAGAAUCGGAAACCGUUGUCAUUGCUUAAUGUUCCAUACACUGCAGACAGUUUACUAAUGUUAUUACUUCUAUUGAUACAGCAGCAGUAUGGCUAAAAAUUCUAACCCUUAUCCCAAUCUACAAAUUGUGCAUUAGCUGUGCUUGUUUUAACUGAAAAUAAACUGCCCUGCAUAAGCAUGUUUCUAUAUUUUGAGAAACCUAUGUAGUUUGCCAAGUAUUGACUUCAAGCAGGUUUAUGGUCCACCAUUCUGAGAACCUGUCUAUACAGGCCUAAUAUAGCAAAGUCUAAACUUUAAGGGGGAAGAGAAGUAAAUCUUUGCGAUGAGAAACAUUUUCAUAUUUUGCUUGCAGGCUUGCCUCCUGUUAUCCUUGGAGAGUGUAUACCCCCCAGCACAUCAGCUGUCGCUUGACAUGCUAAAGGUAAAGAAAAGUACAAACAUUGGUGCAUGUAUUUAAAAACUUUAACUGGUUCCUUUAAGUUCAGAAUUGAAGGGGCUAUAGGAUUUGGUGUUUAGUAAUCAUGGCUACUUGUGUCACUUUAUGAAAUUACAAAUCGCUGAGUUUCCUGUGGAAAAACUCCUGGGUCUGGCCAAGCAAAAGCCUCCACGUUGCACUGAUUGUGGGCUACUUCCUCAAGCUGUGAAACAGAAAAAUAUUCAUUUCUUAGUUCCCACUUCUGUUUAUUUAUUUUACUCAUAGAAACCCAAGGUACAAGCGUGUCUCCGCCCAAAAAGCCCUUUCAUUUAGAGGGAAAGUGAUAAUUAACCAAAACUGUUUUAUAUACACCUACAAAUCCUUGCUGCACUAAAGUUAUGGCAGUUUUGUUCUAAGAAUCUCUGGUAAUGUAAACCAUCUGUUUAGACCUCCUUACCACUACUCCAUUAGGAGGGUAGAGGCCAAUAUUUAUACAAGUACUUUGCAUGUGCCCCCCACCCCACCCUGAAAAGAGCAAGAACACUUUGUGGACAUAGUUUUCUAUAUAGCCUACAAAAUGUUAAUGAGAAUGAAUGCUGCACCAUAGGGUUGACUAGUAAAACUAUUUCUAUUCUGUAGAUUCUGCAAAUUUAGAGCUAUUCAGACUUGACCAUUAAGUGGCCCUGGAAAUACUGUGUAGUCAGUUACAUGGUAUCUACUUGUGUCACCAUGCUAGUCCAAUCCUUAUAUCCCUUGAUACUGUAGCAAGUAGAAUAUCCUACUCUUACUCCUUUAAGAUCAGAUAAGUUCCAAACAUUCUUUAAAAAGACACUCCAGACCCAUGAAGCACUUUAGCUUGCUGAAGUUCUUUGUGUGAAGAGUGUCUCUUUGAAAAAUUAAAAAGUGAAGAUUUCAAUUGAAAUUUGGCACUUUUAGGAAUUAAUCUUGUCAUACACCAUGGCUUGUAAGCAGACAGCAGGUCCUGUUAUGAUCUGAUUUGCUUGAUCAGUGGAGCUAGACUUAAUAAGCAGGCAAUUACCUGGAGCACCUACCUAGAAAGUCUGGGCUGAAGGGGAGGGAGAAGGCUUGCAAAGGCUACAGGCAAGAUAUGAAUUUUUAGGUUUAUCCCCACUAGAAAAAUGCAUCAAAUUAAUGUUUUCAUUUAGAGUAUAACUACUAAAUAAUGAUUUAUUUUUUUGGUCCUUGUACCAGCACCAUUUUAUUAUUGAGUUACAAAAUAGAUCACCAUUUUCAUUUCCUUCGCAGAGGCUCUCCACGGCCAAUGAUGAGAUCAUAGAGGUUCUCUUGUCCAAACACCAAGUCCUGGCUGCUAUGAGGUUUAUACGGGGCAUUGGAGGACAUGACAAUGCGUCGGCACGCAAGUUCCUUGAUGCUGCUAAGCAGGCAAAUGAUGAUACACUGUUCUAUACAGUCUUCCGUUUCUUUGAACAACGCAACCAGCGUCUGCGUGGAAACCCUAACUUUACCCCAGGUAUAAAGAAUGUGGAUAAAUCCUAAUUUAUGAAACCCUGGGUUCUGUUGUAUGCAUCAGUUUUCUCAAAAGGUUUAUGGUAGAUCUGAUACAGGAACCAUAUUGGGACUUGAUAAAAUUAACAUUACAUUUAUUGGAGAUGGUGGAAACACAGUUAUGUUUAAACCCAAAUAACUACCCAAGUUUAUUAAUGUGGUCUGAAAUUUGCAAGUCACAAAUCUAUUUAUUGAAUAACCCUCAUUUUCUAUUGAGAUGAACAUGCCUGACCAAUAUUUCCCAUGGUGAAAACAAAAACAGGACAUUAAUUAAUAUUUUAUUCCAAUGAACAAUACAGUCCAAUCUUGACAUCCCUUUAAAACUUGUGGAAGAAGGUAAAUUGAGGGCAUUAUAACUAGAAACCUAGUUGCAAUAUUCAGGCUAAAUUAGCCAAGCUGUGACUCAAGAGAAAUAAUGGUUACAGCUCUGCUAGUUUGGUCUAAAUUGUGCAAUUCAAGUUGCAGUUGAGUGAAUAAAACCACCAUAGGUGAGCAUAUGUAAUCAUUUCAUUAAAACACUGUACAUUGGCCAUGCAUGUUUGUUAGCAGCUGUGUACUCCAUUGUGGAUCAUUCUUCUCCUACAGGUGAACACUGUGAGGAACACGUGGCUUCCUUCAAAAAGACUUUUGGAGAGCAGGCACUGCUGAAACUUCCUGCUUUAUGACCUAAUCUGGCCCGGCGUAAAAAAAAAACUGUAUAAAGUAUUUAUUACACUAAUAAAUUUCAUGCAGCUUCGGCUACUAUUACAAAAAUGUGUUUCUUUACAAAAAUGUUGUUUUGUUAUCAAACUAAUUACUAAAAUAUACAUCUGAUGAAUAAUCAUUUUCUGGAAUAAAGCAGCUGGAAAACUUGCACUGAUUCUUGCAUUUAUAAAACAAACCUCCCCAUAAAUUAAACAUGGCAUGGAACAAUGUAACCUGCCCCAUUCUUAACAAAAUGUAACUUCUAUGUACAAACCCCAAAAAUAGCCACUUCUUUUUAAAUCCCUAACACUGCUUCAUGGAAUCAAGUAUUCCUGAGAUGAAUGGCUGCGCCAGUAUAGUUCAUUUUUUUUGUGCAGCACCUCUCCCAGCUCUUACACGUCGUCCUCAAGCGUUUGGGUCAUGGGUGAUGCAGGAAGUUAAGUUAGUGGUUUAAAAGUCUCUCUUGUUCUGUGCCUCGCAGUCUUUCCAAUGCAGCUUGAGCCUUGGCUUUAUUUACUUUCGGUCCUGCAAGAAUAUAAAAAAAAAACAUUUAAUUUACAAACUGGACCAGAAAGCAGCCCACCCAAGUAUGCAGAAUUAAAUUGUCCCUUCAUAAAUGGAG